UGGAACGGGAAUCCUCUGUGUUGUAUCAAAAGUCAAUAUGUAAUAAGCAAACAGAUCGUUCACAACCGAUUACUUAAAUGAAGAACACCUGCAAAAAAGAACCAAAGAAGAAAAUUUGAGCUUGAUCUAACAUUCAAUGAGAAGAUAAAGGAUGGAUAUCAUUGUGAUUUCAUUGCUCACAGUUUUGCCUUGCCUGUGUAAUGCUGGCUCUACAGACAAUAUUGCUUUUGGAGCCAAUGCUGUCCAGUCCUCCAUUUUCAGUGAAUUAACAGAGGCUAAAAAUGCUGUAGAUGGUAACAGAGAAUCGCAUUACUGGAGGGGCUCAUGCUCUCACACCGGAAUAGAAAAUAAUCCCUGGUUGAGAGUGGACCUCAAAAAGAUCUACAGUAUUAACAAAGUUAUCAUCACUAAUCGUGGAGACUGUUGUGAAGAGAGGAUAGCAGGUGCUCAGAUCCGUAUUGGCAACAGUCUGGAUAACAAUGGCAACAACAAUAAGCUCGCUGAAACAGUUGUGUCCAUCCCACUUGGAGGCACACAAACAUUUACAUUUGACCAUAUUCUGGGGCAAUAUGUCAACAUCUUUCUACCUGGAACACAAAAAAUCCUCACUCUGUGUGAAGUUGAAGUGUAUUCAGAUAACAUUGCUUUUGGAGCCAAUGCUGUCCAGUCCUCCACUUUCGAUGAAUUAGGAGGGGCUAAACAUGCUGUAGAUGGUAACAGAGAAAUAAAAUACACGAUGGGCUCAUGCUCUCACACCGGAAUAGAAAAUAAUCCCUGGUGGAGAGUGGACCUCAAAAGGAUCUACAGUAUUAACAAAGUUAUCAUCACUAAUCGUGGAGAGCUGUGUGAAGAGAGGAUAAUAGGUGCUCAGAUCCGAAUUGGCAACAGUCUGGAUAACAAUGGCAACAACAAUGAGCUGGCUUCAACUGUUCUCACUCCUCCAAUGCACACAGCGACAUAUGAGUUUCAGCCUAUUCUAGGGCAAUAUGUCAACAUCUUUCUACCUGGAACCACAAAAAUCCUACAUUUUUGUGAGGUUGAAGUGUAUUCAGAUAACAUUGCUUUUGGAGCCAAAGCUAUCCAGUCCUCCACUAUAGAAGAAUUAGGAGAUGCUAAUCAUGCUGUAGGUGGUAACAGAGAAUCAAAAUACCAGAUGGGCUCAUGCACUCACACCAGAUUAGAAAGUAAUCCCUGGUGGAGAGUGGACCUCAAAAGGAUCUACAGUAUUAACAAAGUUAGCAUCACUAAUCGUGGAGACUGUUGUCCAGAGAGGAUAAUAGGUGCUCAGAUCCGUAUUGGCAACUGUCUGGAUAACAAUGGGAACAACAAUAAGCUCGCUGCAACAAUUGAGUCCAUCCCACUUGGAGGCACAAAAACAUUUACAUUUGACAAAAUUCAAGGGCAAUAUGUCAACAUCUUUCUACCUGGAACACAAAAAAUACUCACUCUUUGUGAGGUUGAGGUUUAUACAGGUUGAGUGGCUUGAUGAAGUUACACCACAGUCCACCAAAAGAAGAAGAUAACAAAAGUCCCUGGCCCUGAAUAAUUUUUUUUUCUAAUUAAUUUGGCCAAAUACAUAUUUUUGUCUUCUAUUGAGGUAACAAAAAUAAUGUACAAAAUAAAUACAUAAAGCAUGUUA